AUGUCGGCUCUUCCGGUCGGAACCAUCCUGGACCGUUUCGGCUCGCGCGUUUGUGGCUUUGCGGGCUGCUUCGCAUUAACCAUGGGUUGUCUCUUUAUGGCUGCCUCCUUUUCAUGGCCGGGAUUCGAUGGCUACAUACUCGGGAAUCUCUUUCUGGCUCUCGGCGGGACCUUCAUUUUCGUCCCCUCAUUCCAGAUCGCCAACGCCUUUCCACGGUAUGCCGGAACCAUCGUCGCUCUGGUCACCGGUGCAUUCGAUGCGUCUGCGGCGAUCUACCUAUUCUACCACCUCAUCUACGAAGUCGAUCGUCAGAAGUUCAGCCCGAAAAGGUUUUUCCUGACCUACCUGGUCGUCCCCGCGAUGAUCUUCGUCUCGCUGCUCACCAUCAUGCCGGCCCAUGAUUACCAGAGCUCCCGUUUGCUGCAGUCCAAGAUCGAGAAGGCAACGGACGCAACGCGGGAUGUACACGAGUCGGACGAAGACAUCGAGAGUGACUCCGAGCUUCGGCGCAUUCGACAGGAGCGCGCAGCCCGCCGACGCGACAAGAUCGACAAAAUCAACGGGGUGCUAGGCGAUGAAGACGAGCGCAGACAGCGUGAGCUGGACGAGGAGGACCGUCACAACGUCAGCACCGUCUGGGGAGUUCUUCACGGGCAGCCGGCCCACAAGCAGAUGGCCACGCCGUGGUUUAUCUUGAUUACGCUGAUGACGGUCCUGCAAAUGCUGCGGAUGAAUUAUUUCAUCGCCACCAUUCGGUCGCAGUAUGAGUACAUGCUGCAUUCGGAGCUGCAGGCCGAUUGGAUCAACCGCUUCUUUGAUAUCGCCCUGCCUGUCGGCGGUGUCAUCUCGACUCCUUUUAUCGGACUGAUUCUCGACCAUUUCAGCGUCCCGGCCACACUUCUCGUCAUCGUCGUAUGCACCACUGCGAUUGGGGUUCUGAAUUCUGUGCCAGCGCUGUGGACUGGCUACGUGACCAUUGCACUGUUUGUGCUUCUCCGACCGCUAUAUUACUCGGCCAUGUCGUAA